AUACAUGCGGGAGCUUGUCAAAGCUUUCAGCACGCGAGUCUCGUCUCAUUUAAAAUAAAAUUAGCAAGCACAUUACAAUAAUUACCUGUGAAUUGUGACAUGUUAUUAAUAAAGCUCUGUACUGACCUGUUGAUUAGAUAUGAGUUGAAAACAAAAUGAAACGUACAUUGCUGAAGUUUGUUUGAUUUUUGUUUGUAAAUCGUAAUUGUGGAAACUAUUUUUAAUAGGCAGAAUAUUUAUAAAGUGUCGCCUUUAGAGGUGAGCCAAUGACAUCGCUUAAUCUAUGACUCACUAGCCGCUAAAACUCUAUGUGAUGCAAUAAUAAACAUGCCAAGGAACAGUGUUAUCGUGACGAGAAUGAAACAGUACCCGUUUAUAAAGCAAUUCAAGUGUGUGUGAGUGUCCAUAAUGUAACAAUGUGUACGGUUAAGUGGAUACGGUUGUUUGUGAUGCUGGCUGCUUGCUGGGCUCAGGAGGGGGAGUGGAGCGAAGAUGCAGAGGAUCUUGUAUCAACAGUGGACGUGGACGCAGUGCUGGGGCGGACCGCGUCGCUGCCGUGUGACGUCACGCCGGACGCCAACGAGGACCGAGUGUAUAUGGUGCUGUGGUUUCGGGCCGGCAAGAGCACUGGGGGGAAACCUAUUUAUAGUUUCGACGUCCGCGGGCGUUCAUUCAACAAGGCGCUGCAAUGGUCGGAUCCCAAUGUUUUCGGUCCGCGCGCCUACUUCGCGACCGUGGCCCGACCCGCCGCCCUCACGCUCGACACUGUACAACUCGACGACGAAGGCGUGUACCGCUGCCGCGUGGACUUCAAAAACUCACCCACAAGGAACUUUCAGAUACGACUUUCCGUUAUAGUACCACCGCAUCAGCUGAUACUGUACGAUAAGUCGGGUCGUGACGUGUCCGGUGUCGUGGGGCCGUUGGAGGAGGGGAAUGAACUGGUCCUUGUGUGUGAGGUUAGAGGAGGUCGACCGUCUCCCACGAUCAUCUGGCUCAUCGAUGGAGUACCAGCACCACAAUACAUCGGCGAGAAGACAGAUUCACACGUGGUGGUGAAUAAGCUAGAACUGCCCCAUGUCAAGAGAUCCCACUUGAAUACUACGUUUAAGUGCAGAGCAUCUAAUACCAACCUCGUCAGCCCGCAGGAAAAGACAGUCAGAUUAGAAAUGAAUUUGCGGCCGACGUCGGUGCAGAUAGUGAAGAAGCCGGCGACGCUAUCGUCGGAACGCUACGUGAGCUUAUCGUGUGUGGCGGAGGGCAGCCGCCCGCCGGCUCAGCUCACUUGGUUCAAGGACAAUCGGAAAUUCACUAGGGGAAAGAUAACAGAAGGCUCAAACGACACGUGGGUGAGCAGCACGCUGCAGUUCGCGGCGCAGCCGGAGGACGACGGCGCGCUGGUCAAGUGCCAGGCGGACAACAGCGCGCUGCCCGGACAGAGCAUAGACGACUCCUUCAAGCUGGAUGUCGUGUAUCCGCCCGUAGUAUCACUAUCACUGGGAAGCACCCUCAACCCUAAUGAAAUCAAAGAAGGCGAUGACGUGUACUUCGAAUGCUCAGUUCGCGCCAACCCCAAGGAGCAUCGCAUCUCCUGGUAUCAUAAUGACAAACCAGUAGUACACAACGUGGUGCUCGGCGUGAUAGUGAGCACGAAGUCGCUCGUGCUGCAGAAGUUGACGCGCGAGCACAGCGGCGAGUACUCGUGCCGCGCGACCAACGCGCUCGGCGAGACCGCCAGCCGCGCCACGCACCUCAGCAUACAGUAUGCCCCAGUAUGCACGCACACAUCACCACAAGUGCUUGGCGCUCAGUUGGACGAGACGCUCCGCGUGCGCUGCUCGGUGACGGCCAACCCGCCUGACGUCACGUUCUUCUGGCAGUUCAAUAAUAGCGGGGAGAGUUUGGAUGUCUCACCUUCUAAAUAUAGCACAGCGAACGGCAGCACGAGCGAGCUGAGCUACAAGCCGCAGAGCGAGCGCGAGUAUGGCGCGCUGAGCUGCCGCGGCGCCAACUCCGUCGGGCGACAGCUCGAGCCUUGCGUCUUCCAGAUUGUGCCGGCUUCACGACCAGCGCCUCCCAGGAACUGUUCGCUCCAAGCCGGUUCGAACGCCACGGAGGGCGCGGCGGUGCUGUACGUGCGCUGCGUUGCGGGAUACGAUGGAGGUCUACCUCAGACCUUCGUGUUGGAAGCACUGGACCCUAACACGAACAACAACAGAUAUAAUAGCACUGUUAAUGAUACAGAUGGUCUAGUGACGUUCAAAUUAGAUCUCGGGCAGCUGUCACCGGGCGACGUAGAGGGCGCCACGUUUAAUCUACUCAUUUAUGCAAAAAACCUCAAAGGCGACUCGGAGAAAACCCUGCUGGAAAACAUUGCGUUCAAUGACGCUGCGAGGAGGACUGACGGCAAGAACACGAUGGGGGGAGCUACACUAGGCAUUCUAGUAGCAGCCGGUCUAGGCGCACUGCUAGCGCUAGGUGGAGUACUGCUAGCCGCGUUACUCGCGCGCCGUCGCCGCGCCCGCGCACCGCACAAGCACCCGCCGGGAGACAUGUUGGAACUUAGUGAUGGUGGGAGGCGAUACGUUGUUGCGUAUACCAUCAAACCCUCUGAGUCCAAGGAGCCGCAGCCUGAUAUACUGAACCCGCCAGAUGGCGAAACUCAGAACGUCGCUCAGGCGAACGCGGAUUCCGAAGAAUGGUCUACGGUGCGGGAAGUUAAAGGUGACUGGUCUAAAUCUGGAGCAGUUUUCUCCGCUGAAGAUUUAGCACUUUUGGACUCGGCGGGACGACCGCAGCAACUCACGCCCGGCAGUGACAUGACGCCCAUCAGCAGACAAGAAGACGCAAUAAAUCAAAAUAUAUCACAACCUCUAUUAGCUAAUAACUUCCGACCGAACCUAAGUCCAACGCUAGGAAGCCCCAACUUCGUGUGUCCAAACGGCAACGUUGGCUCGCCAUUUGGAAGUCAAACUUUAGCAUUAAGUGGGCCGACUCUAAGUUCUGGAAGCCUCGCCACCUCCACUUUACAUAGGAAAGGGAAGACCAACGUGAGGAGAAGAGAACACGUUUUAGCUGAAAACUUGCCGGGCCCCGAGAGCUGUGUGUAAAAACUUAUAGAAUAAGCGCUUAAAACUUUUGGCCUAACUUCUUUUCCUAGCUGACUCCGAACGACUCUCAUAAAUUGUCCAUAUUUUAUGACUCAGCCGAGUAAUAAAAUAAAUAUUAGUUUGAUUGAUUCAUGGAAUCCUCGAAACUUUUACUAUCAAAACUUAAAGUCGAGCGAGGAACAUCAAUAUUGUUUUGUUUUAUGGAUGAUUCAAGCGAAGUUACCGUUUAUUUAGAAUUGUAGAAAUCUUAGAGGAAUUAUUAUCUUCACAAACAAUUGACUUAAGAUUCUCUCGUUUUGAUUGAAUCUACAAAUUAGGCAAAUUUAUUAAACGAUUAUAUCACAUUAUGUACAUUGUUUAAAGUAUAUAAUUUGUAAAAUAUACUAUAUUACUAUAUUAUUACCUAGUAUGUAUUUCGUAACAAUAACUGCCAUGAAGAAUUUCGGCCAAAAUUAUUAAUUUAUUAACGAGUCUUAGACAAUACAAAUUUUCCUAUAGAAAGAAUUAGAAUUGUAAAAAAUAAUUUAAGAAAAAAUUAAGCUCGUGUUUCAUUAUACUUUUUUCAUGUGCUGUUUACUGUUAUAAUAAUCUUUUUGUGUUAUAAAAUCU